AGAGAGACAGAGACAGAGCAGAUGCAGUCCUCCUCUCUGAGUGCAUGAGUGAUAAUAAAAACAGACCCAUCCACAGCAUCUCAUGAUCCAGACCGCAAACCGGUCCAUGCACCGCGCAGAGCCAUAGGACGAACAGCUGUCUCUGUCUCUGUCUGUCUCCGUCUCUGUCCCUGUCCUCUCUGUCCCGAUGCGGCCGUGCAGCAGUGAAUGAGGAGCUCCGGUUUGGCCGACGGGACAAGGGAGGGGUCCUUUGACAAUCCGGGGGCCAGCCUCCUGCUCCUCCUCCCCGGAUGGAGGCCGGCUGCGCUCAGGCUGCAGCGAUGGACACGGGAGACGCGUCGAGAAGGACCUCGGUCCGGAACGUGGCCGUGGAAAGACAGAACCUCAUCACCGUGUGCAGGUUUUCGGUUAAGACCCUGUUGGAGAAAUACACGGCCGAGCCCAUCGACGACUCGUCUGAGGAGUUCAUCAAUUUCUCAGCCAUCCUCGAACACAUCCUCAGCCACAGGUUCAAAGGCUCUGGGAGCUGGUUCGAUGGUCAGAGGAGUUACUGGGACUACGUCCGUCUGGCCUGCGCCAAAGUUCCCAACAGCUGCAUCAGCAGCAUCGAGAACAUGGAGAACAUCAGCACCUCCAGAGCAAAGGGUCGAGCCUGGAUGAGAGUGGCCCUGAUGGAGAAGAGGUUGUCUGAAUACAUCGCCACCGCUCUGAGGGACAGCAGGACCACCAGGAGGUUUUAUGGAGAAGGAGCCAUCGUGUUGAGGGAGGAGGCCACGGUGCUCACGGGGAUGCUCAUAGGACUCGGAGCCAUCGACUUCAGUUUCUGUCUUAAAGGAGAGGCCUUGGAUGGGAAAUCACCUGCAGUGAUUGACUACACUCCAUACUUGAAAUUCACACAAAGCUAUGAUUAUAUGAGCGACGACGAGGACGACCGCCGGAGCGUCGACAGCAGCACGAGUGACGACAGCGUCCCCGACCACCCUUACAUCCCUCUGGUCACCGACGAGGAGAGCUGGAGCACAAAGUGCCGCAAGAUGGAGCAGAGGUUCAAGAUCGUCAACGCUCAGAAGGGUUACCUGGAGGAGCUGGUGCGUUUGCGCGAGUCCCAGCUGAAGAACACGGAGGCCGAGAACAAGAGGCUAAAGGGUCGACUGGAGGAGCUGCAGAGCCAGAGCCAGCAGGAGAAGAAGGACCUGGAGGCCAUAGUCCUGGAGCUCCAGGAGCAGCUGACCAGUUUGAUCCCGUGUGACUCAAACCACCUGGCCAAAAACCUCCUGACCCCCCUCGCCAACCAGUGGUCGACACUCGAGUCCUACAACAGCCAAGAGGACGUGAAGCUGUUCCGCAGGAGGAGCUUCCCCAGCACAGAGCUGCUGUCGGUGGAGAUCAGCCUGGAUUCAGACUCCCAGAAGAUGGAGGGGAAACAGAACGGAGGAGCCUGGUGCACAGCGAAGGACUACACCCCCUCCCUGAUGGGCCUGUGUGGGUCGCUGGCCUCCCUCCCCAGCUGUAAGUCCCUGGCCAGCCUCAAGUCCAGCGAGUGCCUGGUCAACAUCAGCAGCGAGACCAGUCCUGCCCUCUCGCCCAGCUAGGGGGCGCCAAAGAAACACUGCCGACCACCACAUCACAGACCCCUCCCUCCACCCCGACCUCCUCUUCUUUCCCUGAGACAAUUCUACAAGAAAAAAACUAAAAAAAAAAAAAAAAAAAAGUGCUUCUAUCGUGGGCCUUUACUGAACUUGUGUGGAGGAGUGGGAUCCUCUGGUCCGGGUCCGUCCUACAAAGAAGCAGAAAUAGCUGCAGUACUGCCUCGUGCCCCCCCUCCCCCUACCCCCCUCUACUCCUUCACCUUCACCGUCUUUUCAUCGUCUCAACGUGGUUAAAGCAAAAAGAUUUCACGUCACAGACCAUAGACUGAAUAUAAAUACGGACUAAACCCGUCUCUACACUUCCCCUCGUUGGUCAAACUGACCCUAUUUCUCGGGGGAAUAUUUGAGUUUGGAGCCAGAGUCUGAUCAGGGCGGAGCCACGACAUCGAUGCCCCGCCCACAUGUCCUCCAGACUCAGGUGGUCACCAUCAUGUAACGUCCUGUUUCUAUAGCGUCAAAUAACGAACUAAAACGACUUGAACGUGCAUCAACAUUACAUUAACUACCUAAAGUGACAGAAACCAUCAUUGCCCCGCCCCCUAACAUGGAGGGGGUGGAGCUUAGGACAUAUACUGCAGCCGCCAGUCACCAGGGGGAGCUCUACUAGCUUUGGCUUCACUUUCGAGGAGCUGUUCAGCCCAUAUUUAUGCAGUCUAUGGUCACAACGCUUCAUUUUCUGUUAUUUUAUUUUAUUUUUUUAUAUUUUUUUGUGCAGUUACGUGUCCGAGCUGUAUCAUCCAAAACUCACCGUAGGGGUUUGUUCUGUAUCCGUGUCUCCGUCGUCCACUCGUCCGUGUCCCCGUGAGGCCCCUGAGAGCGACGAGCUGUUAUAACCAUUUAGGAAACACUUUGCUUUGAUGUCAUAUUCCACUAUUAUUACAGCGAGCAGAAAGAGGCCAGAUGGGCGACGAUGAAGACGAAGUUAGGGCCUCGUCCAAUCAAACCGUAGUUUAGAUACAGACUUUAGGAGAAUGUGACACGUACUGAGGUGAGACCGAGGUUUGAGGGGUCGCCACAAUGUGAACUUUUAGACGUCGCAUAUGCAAAGACGCAUCGUGACUAUGCAGAAUGAAUGUUUACCAUCGCCCCCUUUUUCUACAAACCUGAGCUCGACAGAGUCUGAGAGGGAAGAGGAAUGUGCAGUAAGUGUGUCUUUUAUAUUUAUUUAAUGAAACACUUACUUCUAUCAGUUUGUGUCUGUGUGUACGUUGCAGUUCUAAUGCAGUGUUGUUGAGCGUUAGGAAACAUUGUGUUAUUUAAAAAAAAAAACGCAAUAAAACUGCCUUUUUUUCUUUUUUUAAACAUGA